CGUUCCCCCGCCCCACCAUGCUUUGCGAAUUAGCCACGUAAACGUAGCACCGGUCAAACCAGCUUCAUCAGCAGCGUUUGGACUUGUGUGAAUAAUGUGUCACUGUUCCGCACUUUGACACACGUCAUACGUCUCAAAAUCUCAGCGAUGCUACUUUAUUUCGUCAGGGCGCGUUUUGCUGGAUUAUAUCACUGACAUGUCAGGUGUGCUGUUCGCCUCGGUGGUGCGCGUGGAAGAUGGCCUGCCGCUGUCGGCAUCCACAGACUACGAGCAGGACCGGGAGCUGCACGAGACCAGGAAGCACAUGAAGGCUCUCUCCAAGAAGCUACCGCACUUCCCUGACAGAUGCACCUUCAGGAGCGGGCCCUACAAUGUCAACUUCACGAGCGCUCUGGGUGUGUGUUACAUGAUGGUGUGUUUGUCUAGUUACCCUAGCGUGCUAGCCUUCUGCUUCUUGGAUGAACUCCAGAAGGAAUUUAUCGUCACCUACGACGGUAAACGCGUCGGAGCUGCCAUCAGGCCGUACUCCUUCAUACAAUUUGACGUGGUGAUCCAGAGGACGAAGCAUCGCUACAACAGCCCUCGCUCCCUCUCCACCAAGAUCAACAUGGCCGACAUGCAGACGGAGAUCAAGCUGCGUCCUCCCUACCGGCUGACCCCCGAUGACCUUCACGGCAUCAAUGACUUCUCCUCGCGCUCCUCCGCCAAAUACAAGGGCAUCGCUCCCACACAGACUUUGGAGCCUCUGACGCUUCCCGGCGCCGUGUCUUGCGUCCUCAGCGUGCUGUGCGGCGGCCUCAACCUGCUGCGAGGCGUCCACGCCAUCGAGAGCAUCCUGCAGAACGAGGAUGAGGACUUCAGCUACGUCAUCGCCUUUUUCCUGGGCACCGCCGCCUGCCUCUACCAGUGCUUCCUGUUUGCGUACUUCACGGGGUGGAGGAACGUGAAGUCGUUCCUGGCGCUGGGGCUGGUGUGUGUAUGCAACAUGUACCUGUUCCAGCUCAGGAACCUGUGGCAGAUUCUGUUCCACGUGGCCGUCGCCGCCUGCAUGACGCUGCACACGCACUUCAGGCAGCCCCUGGGCAAGGCGCCCGACUACAACGUAUGAGCCGAUUCUGGAGACCAGGAGGUCAGUGACUACAUCCGACUGCCUUGAACGCGACACGAGGGCAACCAUGAACACAACACAAAGCGACGACACCACACUCUGACGACCCUUAAAAUGCAACAUGAGCAUCUAUGACGACGUCCCGACAACCCUGAACGCGACACCAGAGUGACUUUGACGAACGCAUCACGAAAAUGUCAUUGACAGCAUCUGACCACCUUGACCACAAAAUGGAGGCAGCCAAUGACGUCUGACAUCUCUGAACGUGAGACUAAUGACAGCAUUUUUUAACACUUAUUCAUUGCCAGCCGUUAGCCGAGAAUUUGGACUUUUUUUUUUUAGAAAUUUACAGUGGAGCAGCCGAAGAUCCUCCUCUACUCAUUGUUGUUGAAAAACAUAAUUGACAAGAUACUUGUCAACGGCAGUGAAUGAGUUAACCCCAAACACACCUGACAAUAGCAACCGCGAUGAUGGAUGAAGACCCUCAAUGUACCACCACGUGACUACAUUUCACCUAAACGCAACUCAAGAGUGCCAUCUUACGACCCUGAGCGUGCCACAUGAGCUAUGAGGACAGCAUUUCAUAACUCGGACCACAAGACUCCAGUCUGACGACCCUGAAUACACCACGAGAAGGACUACAAGGACGUCCAACGGCCACAACACAUCUGAUGACCCUGAACGGGUGACGACAAAACCCGAUGACAGCAUCUUAUGACUUGGACACAAUACUCUUGACUUGCAAGAGCGGACGACCCCGAAGGUGACGCACUAAAUCAACGUCCCAGCUUGCCAGUUUUUUCUAAACCAAAAAUGUCUUGAAAGACGAACUUUUGGAGAAUCCGAAAUGGCGGGGUUUUUUUUCUCUUCAUUUUAUAGUUAUGCAAUGCUGCCUAACGCACUUGUUUUUCACUCUGAAGAUGUUUUAUUUAUUCACGAACUUGUAAUGAUUUAAAGUGUUUUAUUUUUUGGGUGGUGGUUAGGAGUUCAGUUGAGCAUCCAAUCAGAGUUCUCAAAAAGCUUUAUCAAAAAGCUUUUGUGGGGUGAGACAACGGACACUUAUUAGGUACACCACCUGUUGAGAUAUGUGUACCUAAUGUUCUAGCUGCUGGAUGUAUGUGUAAAGAGGCAUUGCUUAAGUCGUAUGAGGUAUUCAAUACAAACAAAUGUUACCAGGUUUUAGUUGAGGUUUGAAAAUGCUUGUAUGGCUUUUUGAAACCAAUUGUAGUGAUCUGUUGCCACCUGCUGGCCAAAGAGUGAAUAAUCCUCAAAUGGGACAAUUGGUUCAUUUAUUACUUUCGUCGGCCAUUCAUAAAAAGAACAAUAAAACAUCUCCUUUAUA